GACGUCAUAUAGGCAUCCGCGGCAGGUGCCUGUCCGUUUUGACGUCACGGUCAAAUAGAAAAUAUUAGCAUCGUUAGCCAAGCAACAAGUUAUUAGCGCUAACUCGACUAGAUGACCUAUAAAGGAUGCCACGAUUUUUAAUGUACAUUACAAGUUUUUCUCAAGAACCAACUCUGUAAUGGCGGUUUUUACCGAGCCGCUAAUCACCGUUAAAGAACUAAAGAGGCACAUAAUGGCCAAAGAGAGGCUACUGCUCAUCUCAAACGCCCAGACGAACGAAGCGUCCACAGAUGAUGACGUCAUGAAAUGGAAUGAAGCGAUAAACCUGUUGUAGUUCCCGCUCAUGAACAGAGGGUGGCGCUAUUUCACCCAACUGUCAACACGACCAGCAGAAGAAGACUAUAGCGGAAGUGUGCUCCAAAAAAGAGGCGUUGACGUGAACAGCGAUUCCCAAGAGCAAGACGAGCAACAGGAAGUUCUUCCUGGGUCUUCCUGGUCCAAUGUGGACCAAGAAGAACCCCAAAUUAAAGAGGAACCCUGCACCAGUCGAGACGGAGAAGUGGAACUGAAGCAGGAGCGAGACACAUUCCCACUAAUUUGUCAGGCAAGUCGUGACCGAGACAAUCCGACUCUGGACCCGAGCCUCGGUGAGAGUCGGAGUCGUGCAGAAGAAUCGGAGUGUGACCACGAGCCUCGUUUACGCAGUUCGGAUGUUGACGAGGCAAAACUAAACCUGGACAAAAGCAACAAUCAUGACCUCCAAGAGCAAGAUAUCUCCAAGCCGCAGGAGGUUCUCACUAGGUCCGACUGGUCCAUUUUGGAGCCCCCACAGAUUAAAGAAGAACACUCCACCAGUCUGGAUGGAGAGCAGCAGGAAAUGAAGCACAGGACGGAAAAUUUGAUGUGUUUUCCUGAUGGUCUGGAGAGUUCCCACAUCGAGGAUGUGGUAUUGGAUAAAACCACAAACGCGGAGAGUAAAUUAAAACACGGGCCUUCAAGUCCGUACGCACGUACGAGAAUCCGCAAAGAGGAGAAACGGUGCGUUUGUAGCCUCUGCGGGAAAAGGUUUUACAAUAAAACAACACUGAGGCUGCAUAUCAUGAGCCACACCGGCGAGAAACCCUUCGCCUGCGACGUCUGCGGGAACAGAUUCACCGUAAUCGCCACGUUAAACCGUCACAUGAAGAUCCACACCGGCGAGAAACCGUACCCGUGCGGCCACUGCGAGAAGCGAUUCGGCGACAAGACGGCGCUGAGAGUGCACAUGCGGACCCACACGGGCGAGAAGCCGUACCCGUGCGACCUGUGCGCGAAAAGACUGAGCAGCGCCACGGCCCUCAAGGUCCACAUGCGGACUCACACCGGGGAGAAACCGUUCCGCUGCAACACCUGCGGGGGCGCAUUCCGAGCCCAGACGGCGCUGAAGAGCCACAUGAGGAUCCACACGGGCGAUAAGCCGUACACCUGCGACUUCUGCGACAAGAGGCUGAGCAGCACGACGGCGUUGAAGGUUCACCUGAGGACUCACACGGGGGAGAAGCCGUACCCUUGCGGCAUGUGUGAGAAGCGACUCAGCAGCACCACCGCCCUCAAGAUACACAUGAGGACUCACACGGGAGAGAAACCCUUCUCGUGCAACACGUGCGGGAGUCGAUUCCGAGCCAAGGCCACGUUAAAGAUCCACAUGAGGACCCACGCCGGCGAGGCCGUGCCCCUCUGACCUCACCUCUAUCCAUUUGGAACAAUUGGGAAUGGUUGUUUGUCUAUAUGAGCCUUGUGAUUGGCUGGCCACCAGUCCAGGGUGUACCCCGCCUCUCGCCCAAAGACAGCUGGGAUAGGCUCCAGCACCCCUGUGACCCUCAUGAGGAUAAGCGCUAGAAAAUGAAUGAAUGAAUGAUCCUUCUAAAUGUUUUUUUUUAACAUUAGAGCUCUCUAGACAUGAAGUAGCACCCCUAUAGUCACUUAUACACUCCUAUAAUUCAUUAUUUAUGACAUUACACAACUCUUUUGCUGGAGACCCUCGGCCAUCUCCGUGUGGAGUUUGCAUGUUCUCCCCGUGCAUGCGUGGGUUUUCUCCGAGUACUCCGGUUUCCUCCCCCAUUCCAUAAACAUGCUAGGUUAAUUAGCGACUCCAAAUUGUCCAUAGGUAUGAAUGUGAGUGUGAAUGGUUGUUUGUCUAUAUGUGCCCUGUGAUUGGCUGGCCACCAGUCCAGGGUGUACCCCGCCUCUCGCCCAAAGACAGCUGGGAUAGGCUCCAGCACCCCUGUGACCCUCAUGAAUGAAUGAAUGAAUGAACCUUCUAAAUGUGUUUUUUUAAACAUUAUUAGAGCUCUCUAGACAUGAGGUAGCACCCCUAUAGUCACUUAUACACUCCUAUAAUUCAUUAUUUAUAACAUUACACAACUCUUUUGCUGGAGACCCGAGUUCAAUUCCACCCUCGGCCAUCUCUGUGUGGAGUUUGCAUGUUCUCCCCGUGCAUGCGUGGGUUUUCUCCGAGUACUCCGGUUUCUUCCCACAUUCCAAAAACAUGCUAGGUUAAUUAGCGACUCCAAAUUGUCCAUAGGUAUGAAUGUGAGUGUGAAUGGUUGUUUGUCUAUAUGUGCCCUCUGAUUGGCUGGCCACCAGUCAAGGGUGUAUCCUGCCUCUCGCCUGAAGACAGCUGGGAUAGGCUCCAGCACCCCCGUGAAUAAUGAAUGAAUGAAUGAAUGUAUUCUAAACCUAAGAAGGAUUUUAAACGGACUGGGAAGAAGGACAAAGAAGUCAAAUACGUCCCACUUCCACACUGAAUAGGAGGAAAACUUAUUUUCACUCUAUCAGGCCGGGCGUGCCAUGGUUGAUGGUAAUGUUAAUGGAACAUUGCUAACACUAAGCGGCAGGAAUACUACAAAAAAUUUUUGUCAAUAUUUUUGGACCAAUAAUACGCCAUUUGUCAACCCUCAUUUGCAUAUGCAUCAAAUGUAAUGAAACCUUGCACAACACAAUUAUUUUGCCACCUAAAUUGCACCGCCAUAACAUUGUUAUUAAGCCAAGCCCUGAAGACAGCUGGGAUAGGCUCCAGCACCCACGUGACCCUCGUGAGGAUAAGCGGUAGAAAAUUAAUGAAUGAAUGAAUGUAUUCUAAACCUAAGAAAGAUUUUAAAGGGACUGGGAAGAAGGACAAAGAAGUCAAAUACGUACCACUUCCACACUGAAUAGGAGGAAAACUUAUUUUCACUCUAUCAGGCCGGGCGUGCCAUGGUUGAUGGUAAUUUUAAUGGAACAUUGCUAACACUAAGCGGCAGGAAUACUACCAAAAUAUUUUUUGACCAAUAAUACGCCAUCGUCACCCAUCAUAUGCAUGUUAAAUGUAAUGAAACAUUAUAAAUAAGCGGUAGAAAAUAAAAUAAGUCUCCGUUUGCCACUGAGCGGUGAUGGCGGCCAGGUUAAAUAAGAGACAUACUUUCAAGGAUUACAUACUAUCAAGGAUAGUACUUCAGGAAUAACUGCAAUACACCCAAGAAAUCAGGAUAUACUAAACAUUGAAAUCAUACUAUUCUACUUUAUUCAUAUGUAAGCGUGUCAAGUGAACCAACAAUGGCUGCCUAACCUCAGCAUCAGCAAUGGCGUGCGCGUCUCCCCAUGCAGGACUAGCGGGGCCCGGUGUAAUAGCAAACCGUAGAAUGAUGGGCCCCCGAACACCACUCCAUAGCGUCAUCCACACUGACACACAAACACACCACGGCCUAAUUAGAGCUGAGGGGGCUUAUGAGUGAAGAAGAUGGGUGCAAAAAAAAAAAAAAAAAAAGUGCAGAGUAGCCAGAUAGAAAAAGCAGAGGUGGAGCAGCAAGAGCGAUUAGGGAACAAAUGUGCUCGCUCUUGAAAGUUUUAAAGUGAAGUGCUGGCAGAAUGGCGGCCUGUAAAAUGGAUGAUGUCCAAAGCAAUAUUAGUACACUUCUCACCAAUGUGUGCCUUAAGAGGUUUAAGGCUUGUCAGCUUAAUCUUCUCCGUCCUGGUGUUGAACUUUGCACUCUUAAAACUCACAGGACGAAUCUGAACCUUUUAAAAAAUCCAUUAGAUAAAAAAAAACCGAGUGUAACUAAAAUUAGCUAAAUUAGCACAAUUCAUGAAAGCCGCGCCCAUCUGUUAUGGCGGUAUAGUUUGACGUCACAGUUAGUUAGACAACACUUCCUCAUUCUUGGAGGGUGCAUUCAAAGACACUCGGAACAUCACGACAUCUUAAUUAUGCUUAUUAAUGACGUGUACAUAAACAAAAAGAACAACACAGAACGUGGAUGUUUCAAUUAGCAUUUAAGAUGCUCGGAAAUCACAGAAAAUACACCUAAAAGAUGUGAAUUGUACUUAAAUUACAUGGUGUCUUUGAAUGCAACCUCUUUGCUCAUAAUAACAGCAUAAAAACAGCAGUGCAAUCCCAACAUCGAAUAAAAUAAACUCGUCUAUAGUCCGUUCCCUCUGGGACAACACUUCCUCAUUCUUGGAGGGUGCAUUCAAAGACACUGGGAACAUCACAACGUCUUAAUUAUGCUUGUUAAUGACGUGUACAUAAACAAAAAGAACAACAACACAGUACGUGGAUGUUUCAAUUAGCAUUUAAGAUGCUCGGAAAUCACAGAAAAUACACCUAAAAGAUGUGAAUUGUACUUAAAUUACAUGGUGUCUUUGAAUGCAACCUAUUUGCUCAUAAUAACAGCAUAAAAACAGCAGUGCAAUCACAACAUCGAAUAAAAUAAACACGUCUAUAGUCCGUUCCCUCUGGGACAACACUUCCUCAUUCUUGGAGGGUGCAUUCAAAGACACUCGGAACAUCACAAUGUCUUAAUUAUGAUUAUUAAUGACGUGUACAUAAACAAAAAGAACAACAACAGAGUACGUGGAUGUUUCAAUUAGCAUUUAAGAUGCUCGGAAAUCACAGAAAAUACACCUAAAAGAUGUGAAUUGUACUUAAAUUACACAGUGUCUUUGAAUGCAACCUCUUUGCUCAUAAUAACAGCAUAAAAACAGCAGUGCAAUCCCAACAUCGAAUAAGAUAAAUAAACACGUCUAUAGUCCGUUCCCUCUGGGACAACACUUCCUCAUUCUGGGAGGGUGCAUUCAAGGACACUCGGAACAUCACAAUGACAUCUUAAAUAUGGGUGUUUAUGACGUGUAAAUAAACAAAAAGAACAACAAUACAGUACGUGGAUGUGUCAAUUAACAUUUAGAAAAUACAGAAAAUACACCUAAAAGAUGUGAAUUGUACUUAAAUUACAUGGUGUCUUUGAAUCCAACUUUAUUGCUCAUAAUAACAGUUAAAGUGUGAUUCAAAUGCCGUGGUCCGAUGAACUUGAUUCACAUCUCCAAUUCAUUUGGAGCCGUUAAAUGUCCGCCAUGUUUCCUCCGCGGGUUAUAUUUGAAACGGAACAUAAAAAAAAUCGCCAUAAAACCACAAAUUGGCAAGCUGCCAUUACACCCACUCACCGCUAGAGGACGGUAUUUAACAGCGUGUCAACAUUGCAGAUUGUUUUGCUUCAAAUAAACAAUUUGAAAGACUUAUUUUCCCAUCACAAGUGCAUUAUUCAUCAGGGGAAAGCAUGUUAAAAAAACACUCUUUCGUGAAAUUAAAUACCUUGAAUGUGAAAUUCCCAUAAAUGACAAUAUCCUCCUUAAUAUGUCUGAUGUGAAAGGCACCCAACACACACACACACACACACACACACACAGUGAACAAACAGACACACUAAAAUGUAGCUAAACAUCCUCUUAGAGACGACAGGCUUAAAGCUUUUUUUCCACGCAUGAGUCACUUCCUGUUUUGAGUUAUGCAAAUGACUCCUUCAUCGCCACACUUGGCUCACUUUUGCCGACCAUAUGCUGGAAAGGUCAGAGAGGAGCGACUGUCCACAAGUUUUGGACGUUUCGGGGGAUCACCAAAGUCAUUGGGAUUAAUUCCCUUGGGAACACACACACACACACACAGGAAGUGUCACCAUCGUAAUCCUCAUGCAGGUUUUGACUGUAAACAUUUGGCCUGCUGUCACCACAGUCGUACGUUUACGUUGACUGCGUCACAGUAGCAUCGCGCUCGACUGACAUUGACGCUGACAUUGCUUCGGUUAGUUUUGUCAGUUAAGAAGCUGACUUGUUUAGUUUUUUUUUUUAUUGAAACAGUAUAUUAGCACUCCAUAUUAGCAGUGGCUAACUUAUUAUUACACUUGUAUGACAGUGGAGAAUGUUAUUUAGCUAUUAGAUGUUCUGGGCCUUUCUCCCUUGAUGGGAGUCACAGCGGUUCAUGUAUGAUUACACUUGAGUUCCGAGUGGAAUGAACAACAUUUGAAAUAUUUAUUUGUUAUUAUUUAUUAUUAAUAAGUUUUAUUUUGGCUAUUUUUAUACUGAACACAUUCAAGUUUAGUUAUUUGAUUUUUUUUAAUAACGUG